AUUACCGUCCUUUGAACACUCGAUUUUCGAACCAUCGACAAACAUCCAGUCCGAUCCGUUCACUCCUUCGGAUAUCCAGAAGCAUCUGCUGUCCACUCGCGCACUCUGCUAGCUAGAGACCGCAUAAGAUCUGAGAUCUGGACCUUUUUUUGCCGUCAAACACUUUCUUCAAACACUUUCUUUCCCAACGCAAACGACAUCACGCCAAGAAGACUUUCGUCCGGAACGUUAAGCCCUCUCCUCAUCACGACUCUUACAACAACUCUUAUCACAACAUCGAAAUGCUCACCAAGACUCUUGUUCUCGGCAGCCUGGCCGCUCUGGCUAGCGCUCACAUCAAAGUCAGCUCUCCCGAGCCCUAUGGCGCCUCUAACCUGGACAACAGCCCCCUCUUACCUGAUGGCGCCGACUUCCCUUGCAAGCAGCGUAUCGGUGUCUACGACGUGGAGGGCGCCUCGAACGUCUACGCUCUCGGCUCGACGGGUCACCCGCUUGCUUUCGUUGGCUCCGCCGUCCACGGCGGCGGCUCCUGCCAGGUCUCCAUCACUUAUGACGCGAGGCCUGACAAGAACUCCGUCUGGAAGGUCAUCAAGUCCAUCGAGGGCGGCUGCCCUGCCCAAGGCCAAGAGGGAAACAUGGGCAGCAAUGCCAACCAGGAGGUCCCCUACAAGUACAACUUCGACAUCCCUAGUGACAUCCCUGCCGGAAACGGCACGAUCGCCUGGACUUGGUUUAACAAGGUUGGCAACCGGGAGAUGUACAUGAACUGCGGUCCCGUCACCCUCGAGGGCCAAGGCGGUUCCCAGGAAGCCUACAACGCUCUGCCGGACAUGUUCGUCGCCAACUUGGAGGAUAUCAACGACUGUCGGGUCCCCGCCGGAGUUGACGUCGUUUUCCCCAGUCCCGGAAGCAGGGUGGAGCGUCUGAACGGUCCUACUAACGCCUUCGGCACUCCUGACGGCGAACAAUGCAAACCUACCGGCUCUCCUGGCGGCGGCAACGGCAACGGCGGCGGCGCCCCUGCUCCCACUGUUGCCCCUCCCACAACUGAGGCACCUGCCCCCACACCCACCGGUGAUGCUGGCUCCGAUGACCGCGCUACUCUGCCCGGUGGCAUCUUCAUUCCCGUUCUCGAUACCACAACUCCCUAUGAGGGUCCUCAGCCCACGUCUGCUCCCGACACGGGAUACGAGCCUGAGCCCAUCCCCGAGCCAGUCCCCGGGCCCGCCCCCAUCCCUGAACCCGAGGCUCCUGUCCCCGUCCCGGCCCCCUCCGAGCCCGCUGGUGAUGGCGUCUACGCUCCCGGUACGCCUUGCUCUGAAGAGGGUCAGUGGAAUUGCAUCGGCGGCGAUUCCUUCCAGCGCUGCGCUAGCGGCAACUGGUCCACCGUCAUCCAGCUCGCGGCUGGCACCAACUGCGAGCCUGGUCAGGGCGCUGAUAUCAACAUGAUCGUCACCCGCAACGGCCGUAAGCGGGCCCUUCGGAAGACCUCCGUCGUCGUGUAGGCGAGUGCGCAUGCUAAAUUGCAUGUGUGUCAUGUUGGAAUAUAUACAUCCACAUGGGAAUGAUUUUUUAGGAUAUACCACUGGCCUGGGGCGCAAUCAUGAAACGGAUAUACCAAGCCGACUGACACGCAAGGGGCGUUCGUCGUCGGCAUGAUUUCUUCUCUUCUACUGUACAUACUUUAUAGACCUGUACAUUUUCUUUUAUUCUUCUUCCGAC